UUGGGAAGGAGAGCCCAUUCCAAAAGUGGAAAAGUGCCCCUUCCAGACUAUGAGCACAGUUUGCGCCAAUGGUGGCACCAUGGUGAACCAGUGCUAUGCCCAGUGGAGUCGGGAGAACAGCUCAGAGGACAGCACUCGGCCAGAGGUCUUUGAGGAAGAUGGUGGGCAGCCACGUAGGUUGACCACUCUGGAGAAACUGUCACAGGAGAUGGUGCAUGAUGAGCGGGCAGUCAAGGAGCUGAUGCUGGGGAAGCGGAUCGGGUUCUACCGUGUGCGAGGCGAGAUCGGCAGUGGAAACUUCUCUCAGGUCAAGCUUGGCGUCCACUUGCUCACGAGAGAGAAAGUCGCCAUCAAGAUAUUGGACAAGACAAAACUGGGGCAGAAGACCCAGCGCCUGCUGUCACGGGAGAUCUCCAGCAUGGAGCGCCUGCACCACCCCAACAUCAUCAGGCUGUACGAAGUGAUUGAGACUCUGUCCAAGCUUCACCUGGUCAUGGAGUAUGCUGGUGGGGGCGAGCUGUUCACCAAAAUCAGUACCGAAGGCAGGCUCUCAGAGGAGGACAGCAAGGUGGUCUUUGCACAGAUUGUCUCAGCAGUUAAACACAUGCACGAGAACAACACGAUUCACCGGGACCUGAAGGCGGAGAACGUUUUCUACGUGACCGGCAGCUUUGUGAAAGUGGGCGACUUCGGCUUCAGCACCACAUGCCGGAGGGACCAGCUGCUCAGCACCUUCUGCGGUUCGCCCCCCUACGCCGCGCCGGAGCUCUUCCGGGACGAGAGUUACGUGGGGGUCUUUGUGGACAUCUGGGCAUUGGGGGUCCUGCUGUACUUCAUGGUGGUGGGCACCAUGCCCUUCCGGGCAGACACUGUGGCCAAGCUGAAGAAGUGCAUCCUGGAGGGUGGGUACCAGUUGCCACAGCACCUGACCGAGCCGUGCCAGAGGCUGAUCCGUGGUAUCCUGAGACCGGCACCUACCGAGCGGCACACCGUGGCUCAGAUUGCCCGCAGCGAGUGGCUGGGGGGUGUCCGGCUGGCGAAAGGCCACGAACCCUUCCGGCUGGACCCCUCCCACCUGGUCGGCUCUGCCGAGGCUCUGAGGGGGGACCAGGCCGAGGUGAAGCAGGCGUUGACCCGCCUGGGGGUGACAGACUCCCAUAUCCUGGACAACGUCGGCAAGGACUCACGCAGCCCCAUCACGGGCACGUACCGCAUCGUGCUGCACCGGGUGCAGAGGAGGAGAGCCCCCGACACCGUCCCGGCCCUCUCACGGCAACAGGCUGGAGCCAAGGAGCCGAGGAAAGACCCUAACAAACCCAAUGGUGCGGCGCGGCAGACCUCCAAGUUGUGUUUGAUUUUGUAAGACGAACCAGAAGGGGGCAGGUCUCACCAGUUUUCCCGAGAAGGAAACACGACCUUCUAUUUUGUAACAAGCUGUAACUGUCUCAUGCCGAUAGAUUGGCGCCCAAUGGGCGUGUGUUUGUGUGUUAAAUAUACCACAGUUUCAGAGGUAUCCAGAGGAAAGCUGAUAGCUUGGACUGCAAGGUUGGAUUUGGAUCUAAGCACCUCAGUACCACAACAAACCACCAGCAAAAAUUGCCCUCCACAACUGAAUCUUUGUCGUUAGACCAAAGCUUCCAUUUUUAAAUUCUUGUCUUUGGGUUCACAUUCCUCCACGGCCUUUCUGUGUUCCCACCUCUGUUCUGACAACCCUUCGAAAUCUCAGGGUUCCUUCUGCGUCAGCUCCUUGUGUACUUCCACUCCAUCCUCCCCAGAGCUCACACAAUGUACAAUCAUACCUUCACUGAAUGACCAAAUAACUUUGUGAGGGCUGAUUGGCCUCCUCAACCUGGUCCUGUGAUCCUUGUGGGUCGAUGUACUGUUCUGGCACUGAGCUCAACAGCUUCCCCUCGAAACGCCUCUCUCCCUUUCUGGCUCCCUCACUUCCCCUUUAGGCCUCUGCUUCCGAAACGAUAGACUUCCCAUUGAGGGACUGCAGCAAAGGUUCACUGGACUGAUACGAGAGGUAUUGUCCCAUGGUUCACCUGGGCCUGUAUUCACUAGAGUUUAGAAGGAUGAGAGGGGAUCUGCUUGAAAUGUAAAAUAUUCUAACACGGCUGGAUAGACUAGAUGCAGGGAUGGUGUUUCCCUCCAUUGGGGAGUCUAGAUCCAGGAGAUACAGUGCCAGGAUACAGCGUAGACAAUUGUGGACCGAGAUGAUGAAAAAUGUUUCAAUUCAAAGUGAACCUGUGGAAUUAUCUACCACAGAAGGCUAUAGAGGCAAAGUCACUAAAUACAUUCAAGAAAAAGACAGAUAUAUUUUUAGAUUUUGAGGCACCAAAAGAUGUGGGGAGAAAGUGGGAUUAUGGCAUUGAGAUCAUAUUGAAUGUUGGAGCAGGCUUGGAGGACUGAAUGGCCUACUCCUGCUUUGAGUUUCUAUAUAUGUUUCUACAACUAAACUCAUCUGUAGACCAGCUGUCCUAAGAUUCCCCCUUGUGUUCUGUCUGACAGGAUUUGGAUUUGGUGAAGUCCCAUCGGUCGUUUUUCUCUUU